GUGGAGAAGUUUGCAGAAGUAAAUCGCCAGCCGCCCGACUCUCGGCAGGCUCCAUUCGCUGACCCAGAGCUGGGUUUACCUUCUUAGCUGGAUUUAAAUAUUGAGGACUGUUUCGUAACGAGAAGCAGGGGAAACACACUCUGCUUGGCUGCCGCGGGCCCCGCGAAGCGAGACCACCUGUGAGGGCUGCUGAGAUUGGCGGAGGCGAUCAUGUGGGCGGUCACGUGCUGCGGCGACCUCCGUCCAAAAGAAAAUGGGGUUUGGUGUAAAUCUGGGGGUGUAAUGUUAUCAUAUAUCACGCUACCUCGUAAAACCGACACUGAAAGCUGCCGGACAACAAAUCACAGGUCAAAAUUAUGAGUUCUUCGUAUUAUGUGAACGCGCUUUUUAGCAAAUAUACUGCGGGGGCUUCUCUAUUCCAAAAUGCCGAGCCGACUUCUUGCUCCUUUGCGCCCAGCUCGCAGAGAAGCGGCUACGGGGCGGGCGCUGGCGCCUUCCCUUCGACCGUACCGGGCUUGUACAAUGUCAACAGCCCCCUCUAUCAGAGCCCCUUCGCCUCCGGCUACGGCCUGGGUGCCGACGCCUACGGCAACCUGCCCUGCGCCUCCUACGACCAAAACAUCCCGGGACUCUGCAGUGACCUUGCCAAAGGCGCCUGCGACAAGGCAGACGAAGGCGCGCUGCACGGCCCGGCCGAGGCCAAUUUCCGCAUCUAUCCCUGGAUGCGGUCUUCAGGGCCGGACCGAAAGCGGGGCCGCCAGACCUACACACGCUACCAGACGCUGGAGCUGGAGAAGGAGUUCCACUUCAACCGCUACCUGACACGGCGCCGCCGCAUCGAAAUCGCCCACGCGCUGUGCCUCACCGAGCGCCAGAUCAAGAUCUGGUUCCAGAACCGCCGCAUGAAGUGGAAAAAGGAGCAUAAGGAUGAGGCUCCGGCCGCUUCCGCCGCCCCCGAGGGUGCCGUGCCCGCCGCCGCUGCAGCCGCCACCGCCGACAAGGCCGACGACGAGGACGACGAUGAGGACGACGAGGAGGAGCAGGAGGAGGAGGAGGAGGAGGAGGAGGAGGAGGAAGAGGAGGAGGAAUGAGGGCUGGAGCCAGGGCCCUGGCUGCACCAGACAGUCGGGAAGUGUCUUUAGAGACUGAUUUUAUUUACAAAAGUGGAAAAAAAUAAAAAGAAAAUGUUAAAAAAAAAAA